GAUAUGAGAGAUCUCUGCAUUAAGCAUGGAUGUGUAUAUCCCGGUGUCCUACAUUUCUCUUAUGCUGACAGAAAGCAUGGCUGCUGGCCGCCAUGCUGAAGCUGGGCAUGGCUGGUAUGCUGUAGCUGUUGGACAGAACUGGAUCUGGUCUCCCCAGCAUGGAUCCUGAUGAGAAGGACACUGGAGACAUAGAGAGGGGAACGUGGAUGAGCAAAGAGAGAUCUGAGAUCUGACAACACAUCGACAUCACUGCGACAAAGUGAAAAAGAAGACAACAACAGAGGCAGCCAGGCGUUUCUUGGCUCCAUCAGACUUCUUGUUCGGGAUGUUGCCACAUUCCCAAAAAGAUGAGUACGAUGUUUUUAUCACUGACAGAAAUUAAACACAAAACUACCAAAAUAAAAGUUAUUCCACCCAAAUUCUGAUGUGAAAAUGCAAAAGAAUAAAAAAACAGAAAAUCUGAUUUGGUCAGUCUGGGCCUGGUGAUGAGAGGAUGAAUGACUGGCAGAGAUAUUUAGAUGUUCCUAUUUCCUUACAGGGACGCUAAAUCUCUCCUGUCUAUGAGUGAAAAGAGACUCCUGACUUCCUGUUCCUGUCAUUCAUCUGUCAGCCUGUAUUGUUACGGUGACCUCAGCCUGCGCUGAUGACUGAUGACACCACAUACCAUCACUACACAGAGACAGAUCUCAUUGGUCCAACAGUCACCUCAGACGGCACAUUUCAGAAUAACCAACACGAAAGUUUGGAUUGGCUGCAAACACCGAAGUUAAACCUGCAAUGAUUCAGAAGCAAACUGAACACAAUCCUGACAUUUCAUCACUUUUAAAGUUCACGUGGCAGUCACAGAGCAACGUCAGUAAUUCGGAGCGAUGCUUGUGUUUUCACUGCAUUAUUUGAUAUUUGUGCGACGUGUGAAUAUUUGAUUUUUAUCAUAGAAAUAUUAAUCAGAGCUGAUGUAAGACCCAAGAUGGAAUAAACCAGAAAACUGUGCUCUGAUGGUGACAGGUAUUUUACAGCUGCAGAAAAAACUUUACAGAAAUUCAGAUGUGGCUAAAUCAUAGUCAGGAAUGAAACAGACUGCAGCUUCCUUCCUUUGACAGCUCAGCCUGUCAGAAGUAUGAAACACAGUCAUCCACACACCCACAGCUGUAGAUACACUAACAUCAGAGGCAUAAAUGAUAAGAACAUGCUGCUGAGAUGUAACUCACUGUUUUGCAUCAUGGAAGCCACGCCAGUCUCCCAGCUCGUUUGACUCCUGUAAUCUGCAGAAACAGAGAAAUCAUCUUUUAAUAGGUUAUAAUGUACAGAGCAUGCACAGAUAAGACACACACACACACACACACACACACACACACACACACACACACACACACACAUCUCUUGCUGGACACUGAUUCAGAGCAGAGGAAGAGACAGCGUCCUCCUGAAUCACAGCUCAAUUCUUGUCUAAUCAACUUUUCCACAGUGGUGAGGAGGAGUAACAGAGAGAACACCAGAGCACCCCAACGCCGUGGACGCUGUCUGGACAAAAUGGCUGAAUGCCAAGCCACCCUGUGAUUGGUUCAUAUGCUAAUGUAUGCUAAUGUCCAUAAAGUUAUGAGCACAGACUUGCAGUCCAGCUCUCACACUCAGGUCCAGUGUGCUGCCACAGUGUGAAAAGCAGGACGGCUUCACGUCUCACACGGAUUAUUCGUUUUUUGCAUUUCCACUCAGUCAUUAAGCUAAAAGGUGAAACUGAGCGUCCACUGAAGAUGUCUGUCUCUUUCUUAUUUCAAACUUAAUGCACUGCACAGAUCUGACAGUUUUCUCUUAAAGACAUCACCAACUGUCACUAAAAGACAAGCUUUUCUUUUAUGAGUCAAAAAAAACCUGAAGCUGUCAGAUUCUGCAAAAGAAACACACUCAUACAUUUUGUUUGUGUUUCUUUGCUGGUUAUAUAUAUUGUUGAUCUGUGUACAUGCUGAAUAUACUCUGGCAUUUCAACAGUUUCAGCAGAAUAAAUCUUUCUGUCUCUGUUUCUCAGAGGCCCCAUCGAUCUCACCUGUGAUCAUCAGCAGUGAGCUACAGAGACACUGUGGGGUUGGGGACACAGCUGCUGUCACACUAUCAGAAAAUCAGGUUACCUUGAGAAGCACCCAUUAAACACACAAAAGUUAAACUUGUUCUUUGGACUGCUGGGAGGCUACAUCAUCGCCAUAACUGGCCACCGAAAGGGCGUCACCAUCAAUAUGAUGCUGGAGGAGGUCGAGAACGCAGACAGAACCAAGACAGGUGACAGCAUCAUCUGUGCGACUGUCUCCACCUUCAUCAUCUAAGCACCAAAUGAGGGAAUCGUCCCUCCAGUGGAGGUCCAUGGACCGAGGCCACCCAAACAGCUGAGACAUCGUUACACAGCAGACAGGGUGAGGACAGCAGAGCCUUAAAGAGGAAGACUAAAGGAGGACCUGACUGAAGCUGCCUCCUAGUGGUGAUGUACUGGAACACACACACCCUCAGUGUCCUCUCAGCGUCUCAAACUCAGUAAUGUUAUCUGUCAUGACACAGUACAUACAGCGGGCUGAUCUCUGUAGCAUCCAGUUAUACUCUGCAAUAAAAAUGCUUUUAUUGUGGAGGAAUUUUUCUGAAGAAAAUAUUUAUGAAAUCUAUGGAUUUUUUUUCCUAUUAACAGUCAAGCUCAAGUUAUAUUUUACAUUAUGAGAUUCUCAGUAAUUAUUCUCAGUUCUUACUGCUAAUGCUCUAUUAAAAAGGUAAUGAGUGAUAUUAUUACCUAUCAAUUUCCUUUAGGGGAUCAAUAAAGUAUAUCUAUAUGUUUUUCCUGCAGGAUCCUCACACUAACAAAAGCACUGAGUUUACAACACAGAGUCAGAAGAGCAACAGAUAUUUUUAUAGAUUUCAGUUCCAUGUUUUGAUGUUUCCACUGUGGGUUUAAAACAAAGCUUCUAAUAAUUUACUUCACUUAAUACAUAAACGAUCAGAUUUAUUUGCACACACAGUUUCUCCUAAUUCCUGACAGUGAACAGGGAAGUUCCUCUUACACUCUUCUUCCAUCGCUGCAGCUCAGAAUAGCGAGCGGGGAGUUUGGGAUGAUGAUUGGAAAUAAAAAAUACCCACAGAUAAAAAAUCCAUUCAGCAAACGUGAGCAUGCAGCUGCUCUUCUUCUCCUCUGUUCAUGAUAGAUUAUCUUAUUCUAUUCUAGUUCCAGUUCUAGCUGAUACUGUUUACAUUUCACAUCAGUUUUUUCUGUAUCUAUCACGUAGACAUGACACAGUAAACAGGGUCCUCUGGUGAUGAAGACAGAUCAGAAUUUGAUUCCACUAAUGUGAGGUGGACCCUCAGCAGCAUGAACCUGCCCCAGGACAGAGCCCCUGAUCCUGUGAGAGACUUUCAUCAGGCUCCCUGGGAACAAGGACCCUCCAGGAACCUUCCCCACCAAGUGCACUUUAUAAACAGACCGUAUGCUACUGCCACCAAGUGGCCGUUUAUAGUCGGCACACCCAGGCGUCCAAUGGCAGCUCCUUUGCACUGCCACUUUAUGGUAGAAAUAAGUCUGUUUAAAAACAUACACAAGUACACAGAUUAAAUGUCAGUCCCAGUGCUGUUUGCAGCUUGGUGCUCUGUGUCUAGUGCAACAUAAAGCAGCCCCCCAGUUUGGCUCUGGGAGGCAGACACCCUCUGCAGGUUAGGGUUAGGGUUAGAGCAGGAUAGAAACUUUCCUCUUUGAUAAAGCUUCUAGUUAGGGCUGAGGUGUGGAAGUCCCACUUCCGUUUCUUUCAACUUCACAACCUAGGAUGCUCAGUAAAACACGUAGAUAUUUUAUAGACAAAUACGUCUGGUGUCCUAACCUGUGUGUGUGUCUGUGUGUCUGUCUGUCUGUGUGUGUCUGUGUGUGAAGGAAACCUGCUCUGUACAUGGACGAAUGGACACAAAACCAAGGUGAGCCCCCUGACAGGAAGUUAACAACAGGAGAAGUUAACAGCAGGAAUGUCCAUAUAACUGCAUAUAACAGCGCCACUGGUCCGUUGCCAAGGAAAACCACGGUGCUGCAGCGUCCUCGUUAGUAUAGUGGACAGUAUCUCCGCCUGUCACGCGGAAGACCGGGGUUCGAUUCCCCGACGGGGAGUUUCUUUUCUUUUUUAGGAGGUGUGUGUGUGGAGAGAGGUGCUGUGAGCAGAGGGAGGGAGGUGCUGCUGACAUGCCAGCGGGAGGAGCGGCGGCAGCACCAGCAGGAGGAGGAGGAAGAAGCAGCGGCACAGGCGCAGCUGUUCACCGCUCGGUGGCCGGUUACUGCGGGAAAAUGUCAACGAUUCAAACGCUGAGAGCUUUUGUCAACCAGCGGCUGACUGCGGCCGUAGAGGAGAUCUUCGGGCUGCUGGAAACAACCAUUUCAAACUACGAAGAAGAGAUCGAUCGCCAGCGCAGACUGCUGCAGGAUGUUGACCAGCCCGACGGCCUCAGAGACAAAGGUCCGUGCGAAGUUUCAGCGUUUUUAUCUCCAGGUGUCCAAAAACUGACUAUCAGAAAAGAAGACCAGCAGGAGCGGAGGACCAGUCUGGGCUGGGAGGACGCAGAGGCUCCACACAUUAAAGACGAGGAGGAAGAACUCUGUAUCAGUCAGGAUGCAGAGCAGCUUCAAGAACUGAGUGAGGCUGAUAUCACCAAGUUAUCGUUCACUGAUGUGUCUGUGAAGAGUGAGGAUGAUGAGGAGAAAGCUCAGUCCUCACUGCUUCAGCAGGGACAGACUGAGGAGGACAGAGAGGCAGAGCCUCCAGCCAGCAGCUCAGCUCCGCACAUGGACCCAGAGACCGACAGCCGUCACCAGCUGCUGUCUUUAUACUGUUGUGAGUCAGAGACUGAGGAUAGCGAUGACGACUGGAAGGAGACAGGAGAGCAAGAAUUAGGUCCAGGCGCACUGAAAAGUACGAGCAGCGCCGAUCACAAGAAGCCCCUCAGCCAGGAGAGGCCGUUCAGCUGCACCGUUUGUGACAAGAGAUUCGGCUGCAAAGGAAAUCUGCACGCUCACAUGAGGAGCCACACGGGGGAGAAACCUUUCACCUGCACCGUCUGUAACAAAAGCUUCAGUGCAAAGGUCAAUCUGAAGACUCACAUGAGAAGUCACACAGGGGAGAAACCGUUCAGCUGCUCAGUGUGCAACAAAAGUUUCAGCCAGAAGAAGACGCUGGUUAUACACCUGAGAAGUCACACGGGGGAGAGACCGUUCAGCUGCUCGUUCUGUGGGAAACGCUUUAGUGAGAAGGGAACUUUGAAGAGACACAUUAGAGUUCACACAGGAGAGAAACCGUACAGCUGCAGCGCGUGUGGACGCAAUUUUAGUUUGCUGUCACACGUUAAAAGCCAUAAGUGUGCAGGGGCGAGCAGCAACAAGUGAAGCUGCACGGGUUAUCGAAGCUCAGACCGCAAACGGCAUCACACUGGUGUGGCCAGACACCGGACUGGUCAGCGCAGUGCAUCACUGGAUGACGUAACUUUGCCUUGUGGCAAAAGUCAAACUAGUAAACAGUUGGCUGAUGUAAGCUGUCCUCCAAUGUCUCAACUACAGGUAAGAGGAGGUGACUCUCUGUUCUGGAGCAAACAUAAAGAAUAGAAAAGUCAAAUAACAUGUAAUACAGAUGUUCCUCAGGAGUGUAACACAAAGUGAUGAGUAAGAACAAACAGACCAAAGUCAUCUGACAGAACCCUGCAACAUGAAUCAGCAACACUCCUCUGACAGCUGCUCUGUACUGCAGAUAAAGGCCAGGUUACAAAGGGACUUUAGGUAGAAAUGGAGUUAUGGUGUAACCAUAGUAACCAAACUAGUCACUACAACAAGUUUACACACGCUUGACAAUAUCAUUGUGCUCUGUAAGAGACUGUGAAUAUUGACACAUUAAGCAAUUCAACCAAAUGAAUUAGAACUAGUUACAAGUGCAAUUACUAAUUAGUCUGUAAAAAGUUAUUGAAUGGCAAUAA